AAAACAGAUUUGUAAGCAAACACAUCAUUUCUCUCCCUCUGUCAUGUCUUCUCCGACAAAGUCUCUAAUCCAAACCUCACUUUCACCCCACCCCCUUUCUCUCUAAAUCCUAACUCUCUCCCUCUCCAUAAAAUCCACAAACAAUCCCAUCGUUUCCUUGUCUAGUUCUCGAUUAAGUUCGACUCGUAGUCGGGGAUGCGAUGCGAUUCUUUAAGAGGUUAGCGGGGUUUCUUGGAUUUGCUAAAGAUGAUGGAGGCCACGAAGUGAAUGACCAACAAGAACAAGAAGAAGACGAAGAAGACGAAGAAGAUCAUCAUCAACACCCCAACCAGGCCUCUUUUCGCUCUAAUUUCCAAGAAACCGGGCUUCCCCGUAAAGGUUUUAGCGUUCCUCUCCAAGUCGCCGUCGAACGCCCCCAGCUUGGACCCGUAAUCGUCUCCUGCAACUCCGGCGAUGGCGGCGUUCAGAGUGUUUUCUGUUCCUGUGCUGCUGAAGUUAUUUGUUAUUUCAUCAUCGCCUCUGUAAAUUUUUCUAAGGGUCUGAGAUGGUAUGCAAAACGACUCAGGAUCGAUGAAGAUGGAGACGUGGCGGAUGAGUUCUUUGAUGAGGUUUUACCAGAUACAUCUUCCAGGGUUGAUGAACAGCACAAGCCUCUGCCGAGGUUUGAAGUGAAGUACAGUACCUGGCCAGCUAAAAUCAAGAAGCAGAUGAUUUCACAUGAUGGAAAAAUUCAACAGCGUGUGGAACAUCAAGGGAGACUGCAGUGGGUAUAAUGGUCUUCAUGUUCAGGGCUCAUGGGUGGCUGGGUUUCAUCUGUAAGGUCUUUAGGGUAGGUUUGCUGCCGGGUUAUUCUUUUAGAAUAGAUUCACGCUUUGUUUUUGUGGUGUGAAGACCCUAGACCCAACUGUAUUGUUGUUUAAGUUACAAGGCUUUGUCCAACUGGUUUGCGAUAAGAUUUUAAUUUAGACCAUCUAAUCAGAUAAAUGUCACAGAUGCCCUAGAAAACUGACUCUGUUGGAGUUGAAUGCAUGCACCAAUUGAUCCA